CAAAAUCAUUUUAGUUCAAAAUCAGUUGUCGUUAUCUUCAGGACGGUUGCAAAUACGAGAAAGAGAGUUUUUGUUUUCUUUAAAUUUUUGUUUAUAUUUUUUAAAAAUGAAGUUCUUAAAAUUAGCAAGUGUUUUUGUUUUGGUUAUAACUCUGGUAUUAGUUGCACCAAUUCAAGGUACUUUUUGCCCGUGUGAAGUUGGAGGGCAGGGACAAGUUUGCGGCUCGAAUAAGGUCACUUACAAUAGUCGUUGUGAAUUCGAUUGUACCCAGAGGCAGUACAGACAACUUGGAAAGACUUUGAAUAUUGCAAAAAUCGGACCAUGCGAUAGCAGCUGACUCGGAAUGCCAUGGAAAUAAAGCUAUAAAUUCUAUUUAAAAAAUAUAUUUAACUAUGGAUUUGAAUGUGAAUAUAUUAAAUGUACGACAUGUAGACACUUUGUGAUAGAGCAAUCAUCAUGGCAAAAUAAAUAAAAAAAUGAAUUGAUUA